UAUUCAAUAAUUAGUUCAAUACUUAGUUGUACGAUGGGGCGAAUGGUUCCUACGCGCGAGAACGCGGCGCAACUGUCGGCGACGGUGAGGGACGCGCGCAGCUGGCCGCGGGAGAUCGAGAUGGGCAAGCCGGGCCACACGGAGCAGCUCGCCAGCUGGAUCACCAACGUGCGCCAGAAGAAGCUCAAGUGCCACAGGAGCCCGAAGCGCGACUUCCGCGUCGAGGCGGUGCUGACCCACGCCCUGCACAAGGCCGAGUACGAGCUGCGCUUUAAGCAGCUCUCGCGUAUCUCCCGCUGGCGGCGCUUGCGCAAGCAGCUGCUCAAGGGCGUCGAGUAUGGCAGCUGCGGCCUGUACAACGCGUCCGAGAGGGAGUACGAGAUGCGCAGCCACCAGCGGCCCGGCGACGCGGCCAACUUCUGGCGGGAGAACAUGUGCGAGGACCUGACCAGCAUCGUCCAUUUCCUGCAGCAGCUCGGCGAGGUUAAGUCGCCGGUGCAGCGGUGACAGGAGGCUCGCGGAGAACGCGCGGCGCCCGCGUUCCCCCCGCGGCGGCUCGUCCCCUCGAGGCGCCGCGUCCGCGGAAAUUGGCGCGGCGGAGUGCGCUUGGCCGCGCUGCUCUGAGCGGGGGGGGAGACGUGCGUACGCGGCGCUUAACGAACGUUGUACCGAUACACGACGACCCUCGGACGGUGCCUCGGCGCGUCUGUCUUCUGCCCGUUCCCCUCCCCCCCCUCCGUCCAGGAAGCGCGGAAUCUGCGCUCCCGAUACCAGCGCCCUCAUCGUAUCCGGAAGAACCGGCGGCGUUGCGGCCAUCUUUGCAGCCCUGCCGUUACCCCGGUAUAUAUAUCUGGGUAUUUUUUA